AUUAGGUCGACGUGUAUGUUCACUCAGUCGGCGCAGAUACUGAAUGAACAUCUCUUAUACUGUUAUCCAUAACAUUUUGGGUUGGAACCAUGGCCGGGGAAAUGUCCAUAAUAGGUUCCGUCAUCCUGGCUUUGUUCCUGGCAGGAUAUCUGGGACAGCAGUACCUGCCCCCUCCAAAGCCCAGGGUCAUUGGGUUGGAUCUUGGGACCACUUUCUGCUCUGUGGGAGUGUUUCAGCCUGGCACAGGCGAGAUUGAGGUUAUUGGAGAUGACAAAGGUCACAAAAGCAUUCCGAGUGUGGUGACAUUCACCCCGACUGGUGUGUUUUCUGGACAUGAGGGUCAAGAACUGUCUGACAUAAAUCCUCAAAACACAAUCUAUGACGCCAAGAGAUUUAUAGGGAAGAUUUUCGACCAAGAGACUUUAGAUAAAGAGAGCGCACGAUACCCGUUUAAGGCGAUAUUCAACAAUGGGAGUGCAGAAUUUUUAGUCUCUACAAAUAGCACCUUCACAGUUACUCCUGAAUUCAUCGGAUCCCGUCUCCUCCUGAAAAUGAAAAAGAUGGCAGAAAGGCAACUAGGAAUACCUAUUGAUAAAGCCGUCAUAUCAGUGCCAGCAGAGUUUGAUGAGAGGCAAAGAAACUACACCAUAAGAGCUGCUAACCUAGCUGGCCUGGACAUCCUGCGGGUGAUCAACGAGCCCACGGCGGCGGCAAUGGCUUAUGGACUGCAUAAAGCAGAAGUGUUUAAUGUGCUAGUGGUGGAUCUGGGAGGAGGAACACUAGAUGUGUCACUUCUCAAUAAGCAGGGUGGCAUGUUCCUCACUAGAGCAAUGGCAGGUAAUAAUAAGCUAGGAGGGCAGGACUUCACCCAGCGUUUGCUGCAGUACACCAUCGAGCGAGUGCAGCAGCAGUACGGCGUGCCUCCUACUCUUAAAGAAGACAUCCACCUUCUCCGACAGGCCGUGGAAGCCGCCAAGCUCAACCUCACCCAGGAGCCUCACGUUCGUCUCUGAGUUCCUCUUCACCUGCAGACAACGGGAGCGAAUGGAGCACAGGAGGAAAAAGUCCUGUUUCAGGAGAAGCUGACACGGGAACUCUUUGAGGAGCUGAAUGCAGAUCUCUUCCAGAAGAUUCUGGCACCCAUUGAGACUGUCCUCAUAGAGGGCCAUCUAGAGAAAGAGGAAGUGGAUGAAAUUGUCCUGGUCGGAGGGUCUACAAGAAUCCCUCGCAUUAGACAGCUCAUUAGUCAGUACUUUGGGAAGGAACCGAACACCUCCGUGGACCCUGACCUGGCCGUGGUGACCGGGGUGGCCAUUCAGGCAGGCAUCAUGGGAGGUUCUUGGCCUCUCCAGGUCAGCGCAAUUGAGAUUCCCAACAGACAUCUUCACAAAACCAACUUCAGCUGAUUGGUUGAGAGACUGCUACUUGGGCAUUUGUCACGUGACUGCUAUGUGCCAACAAACCAUUUAUGUUAUUAUGUUUUUGCUUCUUUAUAUGCAUUAGCUUUGCAGUGAAUUCCUGAUAUUGGGCCAAACACAAUAGUUACUUGAGCAUUUGUACUAAUGUCUGGACUUGUUGGCCCAAAUUACAAUUUGUACAUUUAUCUUCAGAAUAGAUGCAGAGUAUUUAUUUAGUUCUCCUUUAUAAAAAUAGCAUUGAGAGAAUGUUUUUCUCCUGUUAUCUUGAGCAAGUGUCUGCUUGGGACCUUAUUGGUUAGUUUAUUGCCAUCUUUGUGCCUAACUGGUACUAACUGUGCAAUAAGUCUGACAACUGGUUUUGGCAGGUUUAAUGAUGUUGUAUUCAGGGAAGCAGCUGUUUGUAUAUAACUGAAUGAUCAUUGCAGUCUCAGCUAUUUAUUUAUUUAUUUUGCCAAGUCUAGUUGUGAUUUCAGCUAGCUGUUUCGGUCUACUGGAGUUUUGCUUGUGCCUUUUUAAUCAUUGCCACAGUUAAAUGUGUAUUGUAGACUAAGCAUAGUCAGAUUUUUACUUUAUUUUUAAAGACUUAGUCUUUUUUGUGAGUUUUUUUUUUCUUCUAAUAGAGUUAAGUAUUAGUAAAUGGUAAUACCACCUGCCAACUGUUAAAUAUAGGUCAUUUAAAAUGGACAGUACCAGCAUGACCAGUGUGGUAUUAAGUUCAUGA